UUAUUAGCUGUCAAUAUAUUUAAGGGUACUUCACACAAUUGUAAUAUGGCUACGAGUGGCGCGUAAUAGCUGCAUGAAAGUUUCAUUUGUGAUGAUUAGCUGUUACCCCAGCGACCACCCACGGCAAAGGCUUUCAUUCUCACCAGUGUUCAGUCUACGGGUAUUCAUGUGUCCGAGUCCGCGUGAUCGUAAUUAUUAUGUUUGUAGAACCAUGCGAUCAAAUUGUCCCAUAAUAUCCUGGCGUAUCCUAUUCAUAAUAGAUUAGACGGACCCUUCAAUUUUAUUUCGAUUAUCUGGUAUUUAGAGAUUAUUAAAUAUUAACCGAAAGUAGUCGUAGCGGUAAAGUUUAAGUUAUUUUUUAAAGUUCACCAGUGUUAGUGUAACCAUCAUGACUCAAAGCAGCUUUAGUACCGAAAAGCUAAGUAGUAGAGGAUCUGUCAGUGAAGAAAAGUUAAUGGUAGCCGUUCGAGUCCGACCCUUACGAGCUGACGAGGGGUCACGUAUCGUUCACGUAGUCAGUGAUAAGAUGUUGGUUUUGGAAGAGGAGACUGAUAGUCGCCGGGAUGUUCUCAGGCAACAUCGCGUAAACGACAAACAUUACUUUUACGACAAGGUGUUUGGUGAAAGCAGUACACAAGAUGAGGUAUACGAUGCGGUAUGUGCUCCAUUAGUAGGUGACACUUUACACGGCAUUGCGGGAGCCGUGUUUGCGUAUGGGGCGACGGGUGCAGGCAAGACACACACGAUGACCGGCUUGAUGUCGCGUGCACUAAGUCAUCUAUUUAGUUCCAUAGCUAAGAGCGAUAACCCUGGUGCGUUUGAGGUAAAAAUGUCUUACAUCGAAAUAUACAACGAAAAUAUUCGAGAUCUGCUAAACCCAAGUGCAGGUCCUUUGGAGCUACGAGACGAAGGCGGCAGUGGUGCCCCCGUCGUCGCUGGACUUAGUGAGCUACGAGCUACGGACGCCGCCCACGUCGCAGAGUUAUUGGCUAGAGGAGAUCGCUCGAGAACGGCCGAGCCGACGCAAGCGAAUCAACAUUCGUCUAGGGGACAUGCUCUUCUAAGUGUGUCGGUCAACAAAUCAGUGUCAGCUGGAAUUCAACGGGGUCGUUUGUUCCUCAUUGACUUGGCGGGAUCAGAGCGAGCUGGAACGCGAGCUAGAAGGCUGGAAGGUGCUCAUAUCAAUCGAUCCCUUCUUGCUUUGGGCAAUUGUAUUAUGGCGCUCUCUGGAGGUGCAAGAUACGUCAAUUACCGCGAUUCAAAACUAACGCGGUUGUUGCGCGAGGUCCUCGGCGGUAGGUGCCGCACCGCCAUGAUAGCGCACGUUUCGCCCGCGGCCGUGCACCGCGACACUACGCGAUCCACGUUGCAUUAUGCGCAACGAGCGUCGACUAUCACUAAUAAGGUUGAAAGGGAACUCGUGGAAACACCGAUGCAUUUGUCACAGUAUCGUACCGUGAUUAAUGAACUUCGCGAAGAAAUCGCGAGGCUCAAAGUCAAAAUGAAGGAUGACCGAUCAAGGACAAAAGAAGAUGAAGAACCCAUUGAAGACACCAUUACUAAGGGAGAUACGGAAGAAAACGCCGCUCAUUUAAAAUCCCUGAGGGAAGCGAUUGUUUCAACAUUUAAACAACAAAUGCGAUUACGACGUCGUCUAAUGGAAUUGGACAGUCAUCUCUUGGGAUUGGCUCUGGAUGCGGAGAGACAGCAUGCCGCUAUCUCGCAUUGGGAAGCUAGAUUUAAUAGACUCUAUAAACCGAUAAGUUUAAACGGCUCAAGAUUAAGCACACAGCAGAGUUAUAGGGGUGUGAACGGCAUGUCGGGCGUUGGCAGCGUGGGCAGCGUGGGCAGCGUGGGAAGCGAGCGCGCAGAGGCAGAGGUGGCAGUGGAGCAAGCGUGGGCAGAGCUCGCGGCUGUGGAGCGCGAGCAGGAGGCCGCGCGCGCGGAGCGGGACCGUGUCGAGCGCCACCUCGAGCAGGUGCGCUUGCGGGGCGCGCAACUAGAAAAGGAGCUCCCAGCGCACAUAACCAGCGGUCCAGAACGUGAGGUGUUAUCAUUAGUGUGCCGAGUGCACGAGCUGGAGGCAGACAAGCUGGCACUGCAGGGCGAGCGAGCGGCCCGCGCACACGAGCUGCGCCGCCGUGACCUAGCGCUGCAGCGCCGCGACGCACAGAGGCGAUUAACUGAUGAGAUUAUCACCAGGCAGCGGAGAGCACUGGAAGAGGUUGGUGUCGGCAUACAACCGGAUUUAGCACAAUUAUAUGAGCUGUAUCAACAAGAAAUUCAUGCAUCAACCUACACAGAAACUAGUGACCUCUACACGCCUUAUCGUCUGCCACCUAUUUCUUCUAGUUUAACGGAGCUGGCGUGGUCAGAGAGUUCGAGUGGUUCGGGGCGCGGCUCCAGCUCGGGGCACUCUGGUUCGGGAGUCGACCGCCUGCCGCGCCUCGCGCCCACACCGCGCCCGCGUACAAGAUACAGCCAAGCGAGCGCUACAACACUAAAGCGAUACUCGAGCGACGACAGCAUUGUCAUAGCGGCUCCUCGGGGAAGUGCGGAGGGAGCUUCCUGAAUAUUUCAUUCUUUUGAAUGUGGAAAUAGUAAAAAAAAAUAUUUAUCAAAUGACAAUAUAUAAGAAAUGUAACAGUUUGAAGUUCGAAUACGAUGUUUGAUUGCAACUGUUUGUUUAGAAUUGUUUUUUUUUAAAUCGAAAUAAACUAUUAUAUUAUUUAAAUAAGAUUAUGCCAUGUUGACAGUGUUUUAGAGUGAAGUUUGUGGAUUGUGUUGAAAAUAGCAUUAGUGUUUGAUAAAAUUACUAUUACAGUAAAGUAUGAUUCUAGCUGUGCUGUAAUCUUUUUAAAUUUAACAUUGUGUAUUCUAUAUGAUAGAAUGAAGAUUUUAUAUCGCGUUGCCACGCUAAUCAUUGUUUUUAGAAUUUUCGUCAGUACGCUACU